AUGCCAACACCUGCUGCCGACCGCCAUGUUUCUUUUCAUCCAAUCGCCACACGUGCUCCACCCGUCCACUCGUCUCCGCAGUGGGGCCUUGCUCCCCCAGGGCUUCCACUAUUUUGGGGUUUCCAUCGAGCAACUCAAGCGAACGCAAUCAUGUACGUCCUCAAGCGAGACGGUCGUCGGGAAGACGUCAAGUUUGACAAGAUCACGGCCCGCAUCACCAAACUAUGCUACGGCCUCAAUCCCGACUACGUGGACGCUGUCAAGAUCUCGCAAAAGGUCGUCGCCGGCGUCUACCCAGGCGUCACCACGUCCGAAUUGGACGAAUUGGCCGCUGAAACUGCAGCCUACCAGAGCACGCAGCACCCGGACUUUUCCAAGCUCGCGGCUCGCAUUGCCGUGUCGAAUUUGCACAAAAACACCAACAAAGUCUUUAGUGACAACAUUGAAGUGUUCCACAAGAACGUGCACGAGAAAACGGGCGCUGCCGCGCCGCUCAUUGCCGACGACGUGUACGACGUCGUCGUGCAACAUAAGGACCUCUUGAACUCGGCGAUCAUCCACGAUCGGGAUUUCGAGUACGACUAUUUUGGGUUUAAAACCCUCGAACGAGGUUAUUUGUUCCGCGUCCACGGCCACGUCGUCGAGCGCCCGCAACAGAUGCUUCUACGGGUCGCCAUUGGCAUCCAUAAACAGGACAUUGCUGCUGCCUUGGAAACAUAUGAAUUCAUGUCGCAGCAGUUUUUCACCCAUGCGACGCCGACGCUGUUCAACGCCGGGACGCCGCGCCCCCAAUUGUCUUCGUGCUUUCUAUUGGCCAUGAAAGACGACUCGAUCGAAGGGAUCUACGACACGUUGAAACAGUGUGCGUGCAUUUCGAAGUGGGCUGGAGGGAUCGGCAUUAGCAUGCACAACAUCCGGGCCACGAAUAGCUACAUUCGAGGCACGAAUGGCUCGUCGAACGGGAUUAUCCCCAUGCUGCGCGUGUUUAAUGACACGGCACGGUACGUGGAUCAAGGCGGCGGCAAGCGCAAAGGAUCGUUUGCGAUCUACUUGGAACCGUGGCACGCAGACGUGUUUGAGUUUCUCGAGUUGCGGAAAAAUCAUGGCAAUGAACUCCAUCGGGCGCGGGACUUGUUCUUUGCGUUGUGGGUCCCCGAUCUAUUCAUGAAACGCGUGGAAGCAAAUGGCACGUGGAGUUUGUUCUGUCCAAACGAAGCUCCAGCGCUCUACGAGUACUGGGGCGACGAGUUUGAGACGCUGUAUGAAAAGUACGAACAAGAGGGACGGGCGCGGAAGACGAUCAGUGCCCAGCAGCUGUGGUUUGCGAUCUUGGAUGCGCAGAUUGAAACGGGAGUGCCGUUUAUGCUCUAUAAGGAUGCAGCGAACCGCAAGUCGAACCAGCAAAACCUGGGCACGAUCCGGUCCAGUAACUUGUGCUGUGAAGUGAUGGAGUUCACGUCGCCGGAUGAAGUGGCGGUGUGUAAUUUGGCGUCGGUUGCGCUGCCCAAGUUUGUUGAAGACGGCGUGUUUAAUUACAAGAAGCUGCACGACGUGACCAGCGUCGUGACGCGUAACUUGAACAAGGUGAUUGAGGUGAAUUACUACCCCGUUGCAGAAGCUCGCACGUCCAACAUGCGCCACCGUCCAGUCGGCAUUGGUGUCCAGGGCCUCGCGGACGCGUUUAUUCUCAUGAACUACGCGUUUGAAAGCGAGCAAGCGCGGGAGCUGAACAAGAACAUCUUCGAGACGAUCUACUACGCUUCGAUGAAGACGUCGAUGGAGAUUGCCAAGGAAUUGGGUCCGUACGAGACGUUCCAGGGUUCUCCAGCGAGCAAGGGGAUCUUCCAGUUUGACAUGUGGGGCGUCACGCCGUCGUCAGGUCUUUGGAACUGGACCGAGUUGAAGGAGAACGUGAUCAAGUAUGGUAUUCGCAACUCUCUGCUCGUGGCGCCAAUGCCAACGGCUUCGACGGCCCAGAUUCUGGGCAACAACGAGUCGAUUGAGCCGUACACGUCGAAUAUGUACAACCGCCGCGUGCUGGCUGGCGAGUUUACGAUUGUGAACAAGCACCUGAUGAAGGAGUUGAUUGACCUGGGCAUCUGGACGCCCGAAGUCCGCAACCAAAUACUGAACGACGGUGGCUCUGUGCAAAAGGUCAAGACCAUCCCGAACGAUGUCAAGGAAAAGUACAAGACAGUGUGGGAAAUCAAGCAGAAGUCGAUCUUGGAUCUCUCGGCUGAUCGCGGCGCGUACAUUUGCCAGAGCCAGUCCCUCAAUAUUCACAUUGCGGAUCCGACGAUCAGUAAACUGACGUCGAUGCACUUUUACGCGUGGAAGAAGGGGCUCAAGACGGGUAUGUAUUACAUGCGUGGGCGCCCGAAAGCUGACGCCAUCCAGUUCACCGUGGACAAGCAAGGCCUCGAUCUGCAACGUGCCAAGGAGGAGGAGACCGCGACUGCUGCUGCUGCUGCUGCUUUAGAUGUGGAGAUUGUGGCUCGAGCCGGCGACGACGAAGACGAGUGCCUCGUUUGCGGCGCCUAA